UCAUGUUCUCUAUUAACUCUCCGUGUGUGUAAUGAAUGUUCUGCAAUGGACAAUGUUCGACGAUCAAAACGAACAAACACAUUGGGAUAAUUGACAUUCACAUAGACAACAGCUUGACUACAUAGAAAUCACAAUAAUAGACUGUUCGCUGAUUCAAGAGGGAGUGAACCAUGUGUCUUCCUUCCAGGUAUCUGGAUACAGGUAGCAGAUAAGAAAAUAUAUCAAUGGCCUUCACUCAAGUCCUUCUUUUUCUACCACUGGUUCUGACGUCAUCUACAAUUAUUAGCGAUGACGUCAAAUCCCUGAUAUACACGCUGCAAACUAAGUACUGUGGACGACAUCUCUGCUCUCCAGAUACAUCCUAUACUCCUCCGAUAUGUGGAGUUCAGGAUCCAGGCAGAUCGGGGAGGACCACUAUAGGCGUUGAAAACACGACAGCUGAAAACUAUACUUCAGACCCGUCCAAUGAAUUUAACACAGAGACCAGUCCAGAAUUGACUACCAUCAUCUCAGAAACCCACACGUCGGAAUCACCUGUUGAAUCCGGACAUAUUCUAAACCAGCUGCAAAGGUGUGAGCCUUGUCACCGGUGUUCAUGUGACGACAGCUGUGUGAUAUUUGGAGAUUGUUGUGUUGAUAAAGGGAUUGGCGGGAAAUAUUUCUUUGAUUGUGAACUUGUUGAAACAUAUGAUAACGGCAUUAAUUCAGGGUUUUUCCUGAUUGUGACGAAAUGUCAGAAAGAUGCUCCCAAUUACACUGAAGACCUUGCCGAGAAAUGUGAACAUGGAAAACUGGGAUACGUCCAAGAUGGCCGCCUGGUGACGGCGCCACAUCCCUUCAACACCAGCGUCACCUUUAGAAACAAGUACUGUGCUGCAUGCUACGAUGUCAACAAUUACACAUCAUGGGAUGUGUAUAUAAGUUGUGAUGAAGACAUCGAUUCAUCCAAUUACACAAAUAUAAACUCCUUGAUACGUUCAGCAAAGGACUUGAAUUGUUUGGUUACAACUAAUAUAAAAAAAGGGGGCCACGCUAGGUCAUGUGCUAUGGAUAGUAACAUGGUAUCUACUUGCAAUGUUACAGGACUUUGGCGAGAAUACAACAAAAGCAUAGAAGAGGCAUGCCACUCUUAUUACAAUCCAACACUGAACAACUAUAAAAACAUCUUCUGUCAUCUGUGCAAUGGAAGACCAGAACAGGAGCUGAAAUGUCCAUCAGUGUGUGAAAUAUACCUGUUGAAACCAGUGGUGGUAAUGCCCUUUUCUGCACUGCUCAAUUUCGAAAAUUCGGAUGCUGAAGUUGUUGCAAGUCCGAAGGGACAAAGGGGUAGUUACCAGGCCAUAAAACGAUUCGGAGAUCAGACACAUGCUCAGUGCAGAGAUAGAGAUAUCUAUGACUCAUAUUCCAAAAAGUGUCGUGAAAGGUAUUGCCCUUUAUCUGAAAGUAACGAUACUGCUACCUGUAUCCAACUGGUAUCAGAUGAACAUUUGAUCCUCACAACAUGGAAUGUCACACUGUUAUAUAAGGAAGGUAUAACCAUUUUACCUUUCAUUCCAUUCAAUUUUCUUAAUCCUUUGGGUAACUAUUUCCACAAUAAUUAUCAAAAAAUACUAAGUGAAUGUGGAUUUGUUGUUCAUGACAUGAGAGACACGCCUUAUGCCCGUAUAAAGAAUGCAGACAGCCUUGUUGUUGAUGAAGGUCAUUUACAGUUCACACUUCUUCUCCUGCCGAAUUACACCAUUGCGUCUUCACGAGAAUGUUUAGCUGCUUUAAAGAGUGUCACAUUAAACACAACCCAUGAAGGGAAACCAUUACAAGUGGAAGUUCACCCUUUCACAACGCACAGACAUGUACAGGACAAGCUGGCGUUGUUGCCAUACGUAUUCGGAUUUGGAUAUGCAUUUGAAAUGAAUCUUGACAUGUUACUUAGUAUCAACGUCCCACUUGCUUUUAAUGUCACAUGCUCAAUGGCUGCGUUUGACAGUCGGGAAGUUAGCAAUGUAAAUAAUUCUGUCUUCAUACAUGGAGAUACAAAACUGAAUGAACAUGAGUACUUUUUGUCAAACUAUGGAACUUACUUUAUAUGUCUGGAUGCAGUUUUGAGAAGACGGGAGGAGAUGGUGGCACAAGUCCCAACUAAUAUAUCACAGACAUUUCUUGCUUCUACAAUAACAACAGGAGUAUGCCUAUCCCUCAGUUUACUCUUCCUCCUUCUAACUCUGUCAGUCUACAUCCUCAUUAAGGAGCUACACACAAUACCAGGCCUCAACCUCAUCCUGCUCUCAUCUUCCCUCUUCCUUGCACAAGUGUUUUAUCUGUUUGGAGCGGGAACUGUCACUACUCCGAUCAUCUGUACCGUUAUCGGAGUCCUCAUCCACUACUUCUGGCUUGUGUCCUUUGCCUGGAUGAACAUUUGUUGUCUACACAUGUUCAGAGUCUUUACCAAACUCUUCUCCUCGCUACACUUAGCCGACGACAAGGUGUGUCUGAUGAUAAAGUAUUCAGUUUGUGCCUAUGGUGUCCCUCUGGUCAUUGUAACGAUGACUUUAACCAUCACCUACAUCCAGUCGGGCUACACUAAUGUUGGCUAUGGCGGUCCUGCUCUGUGUUUCGUAACUUCUGGAUUGGUCUCAGCUGUUUCCUUUGGUGUUCCUGCUUGUCUAACAGUUGUCAUCAACGUGGUAUUGUUUCUCUGGACAAUGACGUCUCUGCGAUUCAGAAACAAAGAAAAUCAGACUCUGGGAAAGAAACAGGCAAACGACAUCAUUACAUUCUUCAAACUCUCGACUUUGACAGGUCUGUCAUGGUUGUUUGGCUUCAUUGGCUACUUGCUUCAGAGGGUGGAACUGAUGUAUGUGUUCACUGUGUUGACAGCGGGCCAGGGUGUCUUUAUUUUCUUCUCCUUCGUUGUCAGCAGACGGAUCCGCAAGCUUAUCAGAGAAAAACUGAGACGUCUGUGGCUAAGAAAUGAAAAGGGCCACGUUAACAUGGAGGAAAGAUCAAGUGCAAAAGAUACGUCAAUGUCUACCUCGUCCAAAAGAAUGGAGAUUCAUUUCUGAUAGAAUCUCUAUGGUUGAAUAAAGAUCCUUUGUGUCUAUAUACACUCUUCAUACAAAAGAAACGCCGUUCAUUUCGAUAUGUUUUGACAGCAAUCGUCAUUAAGACAAUUCCUAUGUUUGA